AAUAUUGUGUAUUAUCCUCUGCUUAAUACUAGCAAUUUUAAUAAUGUCCACACGGUGGUACCCCAUUUAUCAAAGAGGAAACCCACAACUUAGAGUAUUUUUGCCGAAUUUUUGGAUGAAAUUAGUACGACCACAUCCAAAACAACUGCCUAACAUCGUGCAUUUUCAUUGUUCUAUGGAAAUGACUAAAUAUGACAUUAAAAAUUAUUUAGAAAAAAUUUAUGAAGUACCCGUUGUGGAUGUGAGGACCAAAAUAAAUAUGGGGAAAUUUAAAAAAGAUGUUGUCAAAGGUUAUGUUAUUAAAGAAGAUGAUGUCAAAGUUGCUUUUGUCACAUUACCAAAGACUAUGACAUUUAAGUAUCCAGACCUAUUUGAGAAAAGUAUUAAUGAGGAAGAGGAACAUGCGAAAUCAUUAGAUGAAUCAAAGAAGAAUUUCAGAAAGUACAUAGAUCAUAAUAAAAGCAGACCUGAUAUACCCAGCUGGUUUUCAAUCUAAUCGUUUAUAAAUACUAAUUUUUAUUAGUCCAAAUAGAACCAAUUAAGGUUUAACUGUAUUUUAUUAGGAAUAAAUAGACUAUGAAAUAA